UAUGAGGUAGAGAAGCACAGUGGAACUGAUGGGCACAGAUCUCUGAACUCUCAGCCUGUAGCAAAGAUGGUAAUAAAUCUGAGGGACUUUUACAUGAACACAUUAAUUUACAGAUCAUUGGGAGUGGUCUGGUAUUUUGCUGUGGUCUUCCUUGCCCUGGGGACUGAAGUCCCAUUUGAUGUCACUGUUUGGUUAUAUGUUUACAAUAGACUCCCUUCGAGGAUUGGUUUUCUUACCUUUGCGCAGAAAGUCCUUUUUAAAAAUUUCUUAUGUGACGAUCGGUCAGUUAUUUUUGACUUCCAAAUUGCCAGCGGUUUAGACCAACUGUUUGAUUCAGACGGACCCCAAAAUUGGGUACGUUAAAGGAAAAACAGCUGGGCUGUUGGAAGAAGCGAGAACUAGCAAAGUCUUUGACUGAACUUUAGGGUGAGAACUGCCUGGGACGAAGAAAGCACAAUGGAAGAUGGCUGAAAGCCGCAAAAGACUACUGAGCACCCUGGAUCUGGGUAUCUUUGGACGAGUUCUUUUGAAUUGAUGGAUGUGUGAAACUGCAAAUAUGUAAACCACAAUCUGAUGGAUUUAGUGUGUAAGAGAAACAUGAGGACAGGUUAAAACAGGAGGUAAUCUUCUUGAAGAUGUAAAACUGCAGCACAACAGCAGUAAUGGGACAACCUAUUGCAGAAAGAUGUCGGCUGUGUCAAGACCUCUUCAAACAAGGAGCUGAACCCACAGAAUUAUGUGACCAACAAAGCCUGAGCCUUUUGCUUCACAAUGCAGUCCAGAUCCCUCGGCAGCUGGGUGAGGUACCUUCAUUUGGAGGCAGCAACAUUGAACCAAGUGUCCGCAGUUGCUUCCAACAUGGCCAGAACAAACCAGAGAUUGAUGUUAAACACUUUGUAGAGUGGAUGAGAUUGGAGCCUCAGUCCAUGGUGUGGCUGCCUGUUCGACACUGUGUGGCAGCUGCUGAAACUGCAAAACAUCAGGCUAAGUGUAACAUCUGCAAAGAGUACCCACUCGUAGGUUUCAGACAACAUCAGGUGAAGAUGUGCGUGAUUUCACCAAGGUGCUGAAAAAUAAGUUCAGAUCAAAGAAAUACUUGGCCAAGCAUCCUCGUUUGGGUUAUUUCCCAGUACAAACAGUCCUAGAAGGACACAAUCAUCGCCUUGGAAGCUUCAUCACGAUACUACUUUGCAUUUCUGAAGAGGGAAGAAGAAAUCAACAUGCAAAUUCAAUUCCAUGGUUUUGGAAGUCCCUUUGAGAACACGAUUCAUUUGCGCCGGCAUAAUGCU